AUGAUAUAUGGGGAUUUCCUUAAAUAUGGACAGGGCGUAGUAGAGAAGUGUACAAAGUCGAAGGGGUGCCUUUUGUACUUAAUCCUUUUCAGGCUGCUUAACUGCUUAGUGGUUCAGACGUCCUUCUUUCCAGAUGAGUAUGCUCAGUCUAUUGAAAUUUCACAUUAUUGGGUUUUCGGUUAUGGGCAUAAACCCUGGGAGUGGGAAUCCUGUAUAUCUCUGCGAUCUGUUGUGCACCCCUUGACGUAUGCCAUUUUAUUUUAUGUUUUGAAAAUCACACAGUUGGACACCCCCCUCGCGGUUUUGUACGCCCCAAGGAUUUUUCAGGGGCUCUGUGCGGCGUUAGGCGAUUAUGGGAUGAUCAAGUUGGUUACGCUUUGGUAUGCGCAGCUGUACAGUGGGGUGGGUGGCGGUGUGAGUGGUGAAGGGAACGGAAGAGGGAACAUCUCCCCCGUGUGCGCAGUCCUAAUUUGCCACUUCCUCUGCUGGUUCCACUUCUACACCAUUUGCAGAACGUCCUCUCAGUCAUUCGAGUGCAUAUUGAACAUAUGGGGGGUAUACUUUAUCUCGAGGAACUACCUCUCGGGUGUUCCCGCCAAGGGGGGAAUCACAAUUCCCUGUUCGAGUGAAAGCGCAAAGGAUAAACAGAGCAACCAAGCGACAGGAGGAACAACGGUUGUGCGGAGGGGCGUCCUUCGCAGUGAUGAAAGAUUAGCACAAGAGUACCACCCUCCCAGCAGUAUCAUCGGUAGUGAUGAUGCAUGGAUGUUUACUCCCGCAGGGGCAGCAGAAAAUGGAAGAACUCCACACCAUGCUGGAGGGGACGAGGCACAUAAUCAGGAUGAUGCUUCCACAACUGGGUAUUACUCCUCCCAUCAGUGUGUCCCUCACAACGGCACCACAGCAGUGGACAAGAUAAAAAACGCACAUAUACGAAAUCUUUUGCUGAGCCUGUUGUGCAGCUCCUUUUGUGUGUUAAUAAGACCGAACGCCGCCCCAUUUUGGCUAUGCGUAUAUUUUCUGUACUUGGUGAAAAGCGCCAAGGAGCACAAGGAAGAAGCUCUGCGAAUGGAGCAAGUGCUCACAGUUGGCAUAUUAUACACUCUGAUUUUUUUUCUCCUGGGAAUGGUAGCAGAUUCAUAUUACUACAAGAAAAUAACGAUUACCGUUGUGAAUUUUUUUCUAUAUAAUUUUGUAAGUGGACAAAACAGUUACUUCGGGGAGCACCCCAUUCACUUUUACCUCUCCUGUGUCAUCCCAUCCAUAUACCUUCUCUUUACCCCAUUUACCUACUACGCCUUUUUCCAUUUGAUAAGAAAUAUAAGAAAGGAAAGAAGAAGAAGUCUGGUCGAUGCAGUUAUAAACAGAAUAGAUCUCAUUGUGUACGUGGCUACUCUUUUGGAAGUCCUAUCAUUAUCACUUAGUGUUCAUAAGGAGCAUAAACUUCUCAUCGGGUAUACACCCUUCAUCACCAUAUGUACUGGUUUGGGGUUACAGAAAUGUUGGAUGUAUGUACAGGACGGGACUAGAAAAAAAAAAAAAAAAAAUGUUUUUUUUUUUUUCCUAAAUAUAGGUUUUCUUCUUCAUAUGGUAUGUAUUUUCUUCUUCAGUAGAGUACAUAACAGUUCCCCAGAAAAAGUCGCCACUUACUUUCGAAAUAUUAAAACAGUUAAUGAUAAGGAGGUAACCAUUUUGAUGACGGACUGCUAUGACACCCCAUUGUAUUCUCACAUACACAGGCAAUUUAAAAUAGGCUUCCUAGAUUGUUCGCCACAUAUUACAAAACAAAAUGGACAAGUGUUGCACAAUUGGAGGAAAAAAAUAUAUGAUGAUAAAUUUGGAAAUAUUUUUUACGACCUAUUUGAUGAGGAAAAACGAACGCCGGACUCGGUCGAGCCAUAUAUAAUACCAGACAAGCACGUCCACUGGUUUGGCCACAAAAAUUUUAACACAAGAAAACACUUCGAAUGGAUUUAUGAAAAAAUUAAUUUUUCUUGUUUGCAUUACCGUUUUUCCGUACCCCUUAAUGGAGAGCUCCCCCUGUAUUUGGUCACCACUUCAGAGCGGCUGCCCCAAUUGGCACGGUUUCUCUCGGAGUUCAAAUAUCGCCUUGAUGUGGGUCCCAUUUUUUCCCAUUAUGCAAUGGUACAGGGGGGACGCAAAAUAGGUGUUGUCAACCAUUUGAUUUUUAAGCGGGGCUCCGCAUAG